GAGUAUGCCGACGCCUGUUAUUCAUGUCCAUCGAACUGGAAUGGGAAAAGCUAAACUCGUCACUAGCGACCACCCUCAUUGACAUCCUCAACAGACAAUUAACGACAACUCAAAGACCAUCCUUCAUCGGUCCUGUCGAAAUCUCCUCGCUCGAUUUUGGUACCGUCCCUCCAGAUAUUGAGCUCGUCGACCUUCGUGAUAUAUACCGCGAUUUCCUCGAUGACUCUGAUUCUGACUCCAAUUCUGAGCCAGACCAUGACGAUGUAAAAGUAACGGAGGGUGCAGGGGAUGAUGAAGACGGGUUUGAGUGGGUGUCAAGGAAGGGGGCACGCCGGGGGAUCGCGGAGGAAGGUCUGGCAUAUCAUCAUCUGCCACCACACAUUCGUUACGGGCGCAGUCCAUCCGUGGAUUUGUUUGCGUCUACGCCUGCAUUGCAUGCCGGUUCGCCGAGAGACGUGUGGGGCGGGGGCGCUAUGCAUGUGAGCAUGCCUAGCUUGGGCGAAUUUAGGCCGACGACGAGCAGCUUGUCGAUACCAUCGUUUGAUCCUAGUUCGGUGUAUGAUUCGAUGCCCCGCGCGUCUAUGACGCCAGAUGAGUCUUCUCCUUCUCCACCAAAUCCUCCGUCUUCACGCCAGGAACCAGAGCCAGCUCCAACCUCUCCGCCCGAUAAUCCAGAUCUUCAGCUGCAUCUCUACCUUAAUUGGCACUCCAAUCUCCGGCUCACGCUCACGACAUCCUUAUUGAUCAAUUACCCUUCCCCGUCGUUCAUGUCCCUUCCGAUCAAGCUUUCAGUGACAGGGUUGGUGUUCACGGGAGAAGUGGCUGUCGCGUACGAGGGUUCGCGUGGCCGAGUGCACUUGUGCAUACUCGAUGAAUUGGAUCCCUAUGGUCCUGCGUGCAAACGCCCACGAAGCCAAACCAGCACCCCUCCUGAAAUGGACGAAGACAACGGAAAACGCGACGGAAAACCUUUGCCAAUUGGCCAGCGCCUCCUCCCGUCUAUCUUGAUCGAGAGUGAGAUUGGCCAGGCGGACAAACAUGUCCUUAAAAACGUGACGCGAGUCGAGAGGUUCAUUCAAGAUGUCAUACGGAAUACGGUGGAGGAGGAACUCGUGUUUCCGAAUUUUCAUACAUUGAUCAUUGGCGACCAAGGACGCUCGUGAAAACGAUAAUGUAAUGUACAACCAUAGUGUAACUGUAUAUGUUAUAGUAGUGAUUUGCUCAUGUAAGGACCGUCGAGCUCGUAGCCCAGUUUGCGGUAAUAAUCUCGAGUACCGACACCUGUG